UUUCACAGAUGCGGCAUUCCAGACGAACUAAUUAUCCUGAGUGGGAUGAAAAAGAAAGUUGGGAUCGCAGGAGGUGCAGCAGUGGUCAUAAGAGAAAAAGGAGAUCACUCAGUAAUGCACGGGAGAACAAGCAUUUCAAACACGAUCUUUCUAAACUUCCGGAGAGUAACUAUUCAGAAACCAAAUCCAUAAAUGAAAGAGACCAUCAUGAGCGGCGCUAUGUCGAAGAAUACAGAAACGAGUACAGUCAAGGAUAUGAUAAUGGGCACCAUCACAGAGACCAUGAAAAUGGUUAUCACAAUCAUAGUAGCAAGUCAUCAGGCCAUAGCGGGAGGAGUAGUUACAAAAGGAAAUACAAGACACAUCACAGUGCCUCUCACCAUCAUCAUUCACAGGUGAAGAGUCAUCGAAGGAAAAGAUCCAGGAGUGUAGAGGAUGAUGAGGAGGGUCACCUGAUCUGUCAGAGUGGAGACGUACUAAGUGCAAGAUAUGAGAUUGUUGCUACUUUGGGUGAAGGCGCUUUUGGAAAAGUGGUGGAAUGCAUCGAUCACAAGGCGGGAGGUAGGCAUGUGGCUGUGAAAAUAGUAAAAAAUGUUGAUAGGUAUUCUGAAGCAGCUCGUUCGGAAAUACAAGUACUGGAACAUUUAAAUGCCUCGGAUCCCAGCAGUACAUAUCGCUGUGUCCAAAUGUUAGAAUGGUUUGAGCACCAUGGACACGUCUGCAUCGUCUUUGAGCUGUUGGGCCUCAGUACCUAUGACUUUAUUAAAGAGAACGGCUUUUUGCCAUUUCGCCUGGACCACAUCAGGCAGAUGGCCUAUCAGAUCUGCAAAUCUGUGAACUUCUUGCAUUUGAACAAGUUGACACACACAGACCUGAAACCUGAAAAUAUUUUAUUUGUGAAAUCUGAUUAUGUGGAAGAAUAUAAUCCCAAACUGAAACGUGACGAGCGCACACUAAAAAAUCCAGACAUCAAAGUUGUGGACUUCGGGAGUGCAACAUAUGACGACGAACAUCACAGUACUUUGGUGUCUACAAGACAUUACCGAGCACCUGAAGUUAUUCUAGCACUGGGGUGGGCGCAGCCCUGUGACGUGUGGAGCAUAGGCUGUAUCCUCAUCGAGUACUACCUCGGAUUCACCGUAUUUCCGACUCAUGAUAGCAAAGAACAUCUGGCAAUGAUGGAGCGAAUAUUGGGACCUUUGCCAAAUCACAUGAUACAAAAAACAAGGAAACGCAAAUACUUCCAUCAUGACCACCUGGAUUGGGAUGAACACAGCUCAGCUGGCAGAUACGUGUCGAGGCGCUGUAAGCCACUGAAGGAGUUUAUGACUUGCCAAGAUUCUGACCAUGAGAACCUCUUCGACCUCAUUCAAAAGAUGCUGGAAUACGACCCAACCAAGCGCAUUACCCUUGAAGAGGCUCUGAAACAUCCUUUCUUUUUACCAUUGAAGCAAGAAAACAACAGCCACCCACCUACUGCCAGAGCCAACUUUGGCUUGUGCAAGGGGAGAACAGCAGGAGCCACCCACCUGGGACACCCGGUGCUGCUUGGGGUGCAGGUGAGGGCUGUCGCACUGCGAGGCUGGCUGUACCUGCUGGCGCACAAGCGGCAAGGGCGGCUGAAGCACCAGGACCCUGCAGUACCGCCCCUGCUGCGGGGGCCUCACAGCUCUGUUGAAGCCCCCAGGAACACAGGCCCCCCCGGCAGUGGUGGCUCAGCACCUCCUCAUGCCCCGCCGUGGGGCCAUGGCCACAGCAGAUGCUGGCUCCCCACAGGGCAGCUGCGCUGCACCAGGAUUACUUCCUGCUGGAAGCGUGGGCAGAGAUGA